AUGCCUCCUCGGCGAGUGCCCCACGCACUGAGGGAACCGCUUCGGAAGGAACUCGCCCGCAUAAAAGCGGCAGGAAUUAUCGCUAAGAUCACUGAGCCCACAGACUGGUUUGAUGUCUCCCAGUACGUGCCCGGGAAGCAGUUGAUCUUGGCCGACACCCUGUCGCGAAUCCAAGGGGCAGCCGCCCAUAGCCGAGACCCUGACCAGGAUGACGUUACUGUCCACGCUGCUAACGUCCUCUCAGUCUUAGUGAGUGACAACAUGAAAUCCCUACUGGCCUCGGCCACUGGGGAAGAUGCUGAGUUGAAUCCAUACUGCGUGAGGCCACCAUUCGGGAGCGGCUGGCCACCCGCCUUCGAGCAGCCUUCCUCAGAGGACAUCUUCCAGUCAGCACCACCUGCACAUGACAGCGGAACUUCGGGGCUCUCCUGGCUGCGCAACAUCGGCGUCGGCAUGCUGGUGGCUGCGAUGCUGACCGUGGCGCUGACCCUGGCGCUGAACAUGGACCUGCAGGACUCGGACGUCGUGCCAUGGCCAACCUCGCCGAUGCCGGGCGAGAUGGAGAAGAUCGGCUCGGGAAGGAUCGCCAUCCCUGUGAGGCCGAUUAUCGUGCCGCCUGGCCGAAGACCCGGAGCCACGUUCCGCCCCAUAUCUGAGGCGCACAACGUUACGCGAGCCCCACGACUUGCUGCGAGAGCGGAGCCAUCCCGCCUGCCGUGGCCUUACGCCGACAACAAGACGCUGUCGCACCAAUGCGGCAGCCAUUUCUACACCUACUGCUACGAAGGCGGCAACGACGUGUACUACAGCGCCACCUUGCGAACCUGUACUUCGACGGAGGCUGGCAGCGUGCACGUCUGUAACCGCGGCGCCAACAGGUUCACCAGCAUGGACAGCUGCCUGGCCAGCUGCGUGCACGUCGCCAACGGGAGGCCUCAAGACCGUUGCUACGAGGCCACUCUCUUCGCCACCUGCUCUUGGCAGGAUGCGGCCGAGACGUGGUGGUACUACGACGGCACUGUAUGCGCCCAGUGGAACUUUCCCUUGGGCAACUGUCCGCUACAAGACGGACGGCUGUUCCGCACCCGUCUCGACUGCGACCAGGCGUGCGUCCAUCGGGAGGGAGGAGACGGCGAACGACGACGCUGCGACGCUCCCGACGCCGCCACGUGCACGACGCGGCAGUUGAAGUACCCGUACUUCGCCAGCAUGCGGGAGAGCGGUCCCGCCCGCUGCGUCAGCGCAUCCAGUCACGAACUCAACGCGCACCGCUGCCUCGUCGGGCCGAACCGAUUCGACUCGGUGGCAAGCUGCGAGCGGGCCUGCGUCGAUUCUUGACGCGCUCCGCGAAGCGUUAGUAGUUUUGUACGCAGCCUGCAGUGUUGAAUCCGCGAAUAAAGAUGACGGAAGCGUUGCUGUAUACGGGGUGUCCCAACUAUCAUGCACCAAGAAAUAUGCGAAGGCUACGUAACUGGACAGAACCAAGGUAAUGUUGUUUA